AUGAAAUAUUGCUCACAGAAACUGAUUGCUCUUCAAUAUUUGACAUUUUAUUCAUCAAUUUCUUGACCAAUCGCUAUGGAACAGGGCAGCACAGGGCGAGCCCCGAAUGCCUCCUACAGCCUUAGAAGACAAGUCAUACCAUCUAAACGUUUUGAGGAUUUUUAUCUGGAGAAACCCCCCUCUCUAAGAAGAAAGAUCUUCAGACUGGGGAGAAAUUGACCUGGAAGAGUGAGGAAGGCUCUGCCUCCAGCUCCACCCAGUGUCCUCUCCCUAUGCCCAUCUUAUCUGGGGAUACCCUCAGCUGUGGUGACAACUCUUCAACUCUGCCCCAAAACUUUCCUGGAUCCUCACUGCCAGUUGAAAAUGUAUGUGAAAGUACCUGCCAGGUCUCUGGACCUACUUUGUCCACCAUUUCAGAGGCUUCUGAGUGUGUGGAUCGCAGAAAGAAACAGGCUAAGCCUUGUCGGGUGGGGCCUUGCAAAGAUCAGGCUGAACAAGCCCUGGAAAUCCGCAAUGCGCCCCCGGUGUUCAAGCUUUGCUCUCCUGUGCAGAAGAGUGUGGGGUGUCUCCCUUUAGCCUGUCAGAGUCAGAGUGAGCAUAAGCUGAGUUCUCAAACUCCAGUGGACUCCUCACCUGACUGUCUGGCCAAGCCCAGAAAGGCCCAAGUCCUGUCCUACCCUGUCCUGGAAUCGUUUACAACACCACGGGUUCCUAAGGUGAAACAGGCAAAGACGGCACCUCAGGGAAACCAUGUAAAAUGCAAUGACCUGAAACAGAGGCAGGAGAUAGCAGCUAUACUAUUGCAAUUGGCACAGCAGGUCCCUGCCUUGGUUCCAGAGGUCGGCUGCACCAUCAACCUUCUGCAGGAACUUCACCUGAUUCAGGAGUACAGCUCCAAAUGGAGCCAAAACCUCCCCCAUUCAAAGAAAGAAACCUCUGUGAAGGCACGUGCCCGUAAAGAGGCAAACGGUGAAAGUAAGGGAUGCAUCAAGAAGCACCACUCCACUGGGAAACAUGGCCAGAAGAGAAAGCAUCUCAGCUCUCUGGACUCUGGCCCAGUGAUGGGACCUGAGUGGAAGGCAGCUAGGGACAGAGAGAUGUUCUUCCCCCACUUGGAAGAUUCUUCUCUCAUGGCAGAGGCCAAAGAGAGGAAAAGGAGGGAGAUGGCUCAGGAAAGCAGCCUUUGCCAGAUGGCUGAGCCCUUGGAGGAGAGGUACAUCAAAAAUGCUGCUGUUCUCCCAGACCUCCGCCCGCUGCCACCUGUGGCUCCCUCAUCGGCUCAGAGCAGCUCCCUUCUCUCUGCAGCCCUCAGCGAGCCUCUGCUGAUCCACGGCCACACUGUGGUGGACUUCCAGGCCAUCUACCACUCGGUGGUGGACCCCAUGCUAAAGACCAAGUCUGGGAAUGCCCGCCAGUACAACCUGGGGAUGGGCCGAGCAAUCAAGCAGCGUCUGUGGGAGAGGAUGUCCUGCCCCACCCUGGUGGAGACGGUGGACGCCGAUGGACGAGUGCACAUCACCGAGUCCUUCAGCACGCCCACCCUAAAGUCCUAUGCUCCACAGAUUGAUGUGGACAUUAGUGGGGAGCCCCUGCCCGAGCAGCCAAAGAGGAAGAGGGCCAGGCACUGACUUCAAGAGACAGUUAGCAUUGACUGCUUACUGGUCACUGACCCUUUU